AUGCCAGGCCAAGACGGUGACGAGACGUUCUUCACGCCAAGCCGAACCCCGUCAACUUCAAGGAAACGAGAGGCCACGUCAACACAAGGGAAGCAAUUGGAAGACAUUCGACAAGAAAUCUCGGAAGCCAGUCAACUUAUCAAGGAGCACGCGAAGAGGAUGGAGAACAUCGCCAAAAGUCCGAAUCUCUCAUCAAGCGUCAUCAUUUGCGAGGAUUUUACAACGCCAAAGAAAACGGCUGCAACCGAGAUGGAAGCCGCAUUAAUGAAAUCCGAACGCCGUUAUCGUCAUGCUCUCCAAGAAGUUGUCUUCGAACAAGGAAAACUGCAGACUCUUUCAAGAGAAUUGGAUGUGAAAAACAUUCGAAUUGAGCAACUUUGUGAGGAAAUUCGCGUCAAGGAUGAACUCGCUCAAACGCAAAAAUUGAGAGAAAACGAUCUUUUGGACAAGAUCACGAAGUUGAAGCACGACCUAACGGAAGCCGAUGUAACAAAGCGUGGUUUGAACGCGCAAUUGAGAGGGAACACGGAACAAAUCGCCUUGCUACGAUCAAACGUCGACUAUUUAGAGAAACAAAUGUCACACUACAAGCUUCAAUUGGAGUCGGCGCUGAGCGAGGAGAAGCAACGGCAAGCCGAGGUGCGACAAUGCGAGGGAAUCAUCGCAAAACGGGAUACCGAAUUGGCGGUACGCAGAAGCGUUUCAUUCACUGGGAAAAACCUUGGACAAAUGCUCGACGAACAUCUCAGCUCUCGACUAACUGCCAUCUUCAACUUCCAUUCGAAUCAUGAGCAAGUCGAUCUCAUCAAAUACGGAACGGUGACAGCUACGAACGAGUUCCUCAACAAGCAAGUGGCCGAAUUAAAACAACGCGAAGAGGAACUGAUGAAGGACUUGGACAUUGUUCGUGAGGCAGCUACUCAAUCAAAGAAGGAUUUGGAGGAAUUGCAGGAGAAAUUGAGCACGAUGGAAGGGGACACCGAAAGAACGCAUCAAUUCCUUAUCUCUGAAAAUGAAAAGACAAAGCUUGAAAAGGCUCAAAUCCGGUGUGAUCUUUUGGCAAGUCGCCGAGAAAUCGGAAAGCUUCAGGAUCAAGUCAAAUUGUUUGAAGCCAUGAACAAGGAACAAGAAGAAGUGGAAGUGAACGACGAGAGAUUGCGACAACUUGUCUCCGAGAGAGAAACGUUCAAGAUUAAAGAGGAACUUGCAAAUCAACGAGCCAAUGAUCUACAAAAACGAAUUGACGAAUUGGGAGCGAAAUUGCAUGCAGGAGAUGAACAAUCUACUUCAAUCCUCCGCUUGGAAUCCGAAAGUGAAGCAUUGCGCAAAGCGCUGAAGACGGAGGAAACAAAGAACAACAUUUUGGUGAAAGGAUUGGCUGAGUUAGAUGAUCAAAUCGAAAUCGUUUUGAAGCAAAAGAAAGCAAUGGAACAACGUUUGAUUGCAGCCAAAGCACAAAUUGUUGACCUCAACACAAAUUUGCGUGACAAAGAAGUGGAUUUGGAGAAGCAACGAGGGAUUGAAACUGAGAUUGCCUCACUGAGGGUUGAAAAUGAACGACUAGUCGAGAAGAUCAACUAUUUACAAGAAGAAAUCCGUGAAACUCACUUUGACUACCGAGAAGAGUUGGCUCGUUUGGCACGGCAGUGUAGUGAACAAAGUGCUGCCUCUUCGGCCAACAGCUCCCAGGCACUUGACCAAAAGAUUUGCGACUUGGAGAAACAACAGCGCCAAGCCGAAACCCAAGCCAAAGCAUCCAACCGACAAAUCGAAGAAUUGAAGCAAGAAGUGAAACGGCUCUCUGAACAACUCUUCGAUAAGAAUCAACGAGAAAGGGAGACGAAUGAAGAGAAUAUCCGGCUUCGCCGUGGACUCACUGAAGCGAUUGAUAAAGCAGAAAAAUACAAGAAUGAGGCCACGAAAAUCUCCGAGCAUUUUGUUGAAGCGACGAAUGAGAUUGAUUUUAUGCGAUCAAAAAUGGGCCAACUUGAAACGGAAGUUCGUGAUCUUGAUGACGUGGUGAAAGAAAAAGAGAAACUGGUGAACCACUUGCAGCGUCACACAAAUGCGCAAAAGAUGCCAAAGAUGAAAAGCAAGACCACACUACUUCAUCACCCGUCCGAUAGCUCGAUUGAACAAAUUGAUUGUGAAAUGACUGAGGUGAUUGAGCUGGAGAAUAUGCGUAAACGAUUGCGAGAGCAGCUAGAUCAGAAGAAACAAGAGCUCUUUGUCCGGAAAGUAUCGACGGAUGAUGAGCAGGAGAAUGGAGAUGAAGAACCACAAAGGAGAGAAAUGGCUUCACGACAACCUUUGGCACAAAUGAACAGCGCUCCGCAUAUUGGAAACACCUUUGAGAAGCCGGCACUGCCAAAGAGUGUGACGAUGGGCAAAAUGCGGCAUGACAUUCCACACAAAUGGCGGCAACAAACUGGCUUCGCGGUUCGACAAAUGAAAUGUUGUAUGUGUUUCGAAGGAAUUCCAAGGAUUGGCCAUGCUAUGCGUUGUUUGGAAUGCGGUGUGAUUGUUCAUCGACGAUGCGUCAAUCGGGUCACAAACACUUGUGGAUUUCCGGCACAGUAUGCUACUUUCUACCAUGAGCAACAAAACAAGGUCCAAUACAAAGAGUCUACAUCAAGCCAGCCAGCAAUCAUGAAUGGACGAGUAAGAGUUUACAGUAGCCGAGAUCCACAAUGGCGUAGCGCAUUUGCGAUGCUGGAACAAUGCCGAUUGAUGCUCUUCGACGAUGAAGGAUUGGUUGAGAAUUUGGAAAAAGCUUUCUUGAAGAUGGAUCUGCAACAAGAACAAUGGACGGUGAAAUUCAUAAAUGGAGAGAAGGGCGAGUUCGAGAAUUGCAUCUUGAUCCGGUCACACGGGGAAAGCUUGUACAUGUUGUGCCCGACCGACAAUUCUACAUCAAGAUGGAUGACGGCUUUUCAAAGUGCUCUACGGAAGCGUCAUUUCAUGACCCGGACUCCAUCGCAAUUCUCCUCGUCAACUCUCCUUUUGGCAUUGGACACACCGACAAAUCUCAGCAUCAAUGUGACCACGAUUUUUGAAGAUUGGCUACUGAUCGGUGCUCAAGAGGGUCUCUUCGCAACUGCUCUCGCCGACCCCAGGAUGCCAUUCAUGGUCACCUGUUCGGGGGCGGUUUCAGGGUUACUAUUCAUGAAAGACGUGGACAUUGUGGCGUGCAUCUCGGGAAAAAAUCGUCAACUUGGUCUUUUUGCCGGUGCUCAAAUGAGAAUUCAACUUGGGUCACGUCAACCAUCACUUCGCCAACAAGAAAUCCCUGGAAUCGAGUACGUGCAUAUGAUUGAAUAUCACGAAGAAGGACAACAAAAGUAUCUCCUUUCUGCCGACACACAAGAAAUCCACAUUCUUCAGUACAAACGGGACUUCUUUGUCGCACAUAUGACAAUUCCAACGCAAGAACCAGUGACUUGUCUUCUCUCGGCGCAUGGUGGAAUCUACUUUGGAGCUGAUUGCUUUUAUCACGCUCACUCGUUGUACUCAGGAAAGCCUCAGGUGCGCACUUUGACGGCUGAACAUGUGGCCGAUUAUCCUCUAGCUGUUCUUGAAACUGGAGAUGAUGAAGUCCUGCUGGCAUAUCAAAAUUAUGGCAUCUUUGUGAACAGUCGCGGUGAGAAAGAGCGCAAGUCGAUUAUCGAAUGGGAGUUAACACCAAUGGAAUUCGCCUACACCGCUCCAUAUCUCUACGUGAUACACUGCGACUCACUGGAGAUCAUGCAAGUCUUCGAGAAUGAUGGAGUCGAUUCAAAAACAAUCUCCCCGGAACGCGAUAUCUACGAUGCAAAGCAAGCUCAUGUAGUCGGAAGAGGACCAAAUGGAGAGGUGUUCAUCUCGUUGUCAAACAAUGAAAGAAUCGAGUUGCACUCAUUUUUCCCGAUCAACGGGAAGCGAGGAAAUCAAAAGAAGCGUGCCCUCACCAAUGUUUUCGCCACAUGGGAAAAGAAAAGCCGCAUCGGACAU